CUUCUUCAUCAUCAUGUACUUCAUUACUCCUUUGUUUUUCUGGAUCGGUGUCUUGGCUGUGGUUCCUUACCUCGCCUUAGUUCUUUACGGUGCUUAUGGUUGCCCUGAACAAAACUUGAAGACCAAGUAUAACGCCCAAUGGGCUCUUGUCACUGGUGGCUCCUCUGGUAUUGGUGCUGCCAUUGUCCGUAAAUUUGCUGGUCAGGGACUUAAUGUUGUUGUAGUUGCGCUCGAUGAUGCUACAUUAGCUCAAUUUAAGCAAACCAUUGUUGCAGAAUUUCCUUCAGUUCAAUUCCGUUUUGUCGGUUGUGAUUUAUCAGAAGCUACAGGCGAGACUUACUUGAGUGCUGUCAAGGAGGCCACGAAGGAUAUUGAUGUUCAAAUUUUGUGUAACAAUGCUGGUUUUAUUACCACGGGUGGAUACGCUGAUGUUACCCUCAAGCGUGAAAUGGCCAAUUACCAUACCAACGUUACCUCUGGUUUGACCUUGACUCAUCAUUUUGCCAACGAAAUGCUGGAUAAGAAAUUAACUGGUCUGAUCACUUAUACAUCUUCUUCUGCUGGUUUCAUUCCUAACCCCAUGUCUGCUUUGUAUUCUUCCAGUAAGAUUUUCUUGACCACUUUUGCUGCUUCCCUCGCCGCUGAAUUAGCUGAAUCCAAGAUUGAUGUAUUAGUUGUUCAUCCUUCUCCCAUUGACUCGAACUUUUACAGUAAUGUCGGAAAGAUGAGUGCUCUCACCUCUGCUCAAAAGUUUUCUUCUCCUCCUUCCAUCAUUGCCGACACCAUCUGUCGCAACGCGGGUAAGAUUGUUGUGUCUGAUCAGGGACCUAUCACUGUAGUGAUGAAAAUAGCUACAACCAAGAUCAUGGAUUGGAAUGUUUUUACUGAGAUUAUGAAGCUCGGUCUUCGUUUCAAUGGAGAUUAUAAAGCUAUGAAGGUUGAUCGUCCCUUGAAGAAGGCUAACUAAAUUGUACAUACAUGCAUGUCUAGUGCUAAUAUUAAUUAUAAUGAUAAUAAAAAAAAAAAAAAAAAAAAAAAAAAAAAAGAAGAGGCUACUUUUAUGCAUCGAUGAUUUAAUGUGGUACACGGAUGAACGAAAGGUCAUGUCUUAUACACAGCGAAUGCAUCAAUCACACAUCUACAUCAACGGGUGUAAUAACACUUAUAAGAACACACAGUAAGACGUUAUUUGUUUCACACCAACUGCGCCGUAUACUUUAUAUUACAACGAAGCUAUUGUGCGUCCAGGGCCUUUUUUUUUAAAACGCCU